AUGUCGAAUUCAAAGAUGAAGUAUGACCUUCCGAUCCCUGAAGACUUGAUUUCCGAUCACAUCCUUCCCCGACUUCCGGUAAGGUCCCUAAUUCGAUUCAAAUCCGUUUGCAAAAGUUGGUUACGUGUAAUUUCUAGCCCAUCCUUUGUGAAAUCCCAUCUACUUCAGUCUUUAUCAUCGCGUACUUGUUUCUUUGUAAGAGGCCUUCCGAUUUCAAAAGAUAUUCCGAUUAGGACUGCGCCGACGUAUUGCUACCUAUAUUAUUCAAAAAAUAAUGAAAAUAAGUUAGUUCCAUUGGAUGUUCAAAGGGAAUUUCAAUUGGAUCUUGAAUAUGGUCGUAAAAGUGUCGUAGGAUCUUGUAAUGGGUUGAUAUGCUUCUAUGGUGAUGGUGGUACGUCGGUUAAGGGUAAGUUUAUCUUGUGGAACCCAGCUACCAAAUCAAGUCGCUUUAUUGAAACUCCUUGUGUGGAACACAUAGCUAAGUAUGGUUUUGGUUAUGCUUCUGAUAUUGAUGAUUAUUUGAUAUUCGCGUCAUUUCAAUCUGUUUAUAUGAAGCCAAUUGAAUCACAAAUCCAGGCUUGGGUGUUCAAGGUUAGUGGUGGUGAAUGGAACCCUGUCAAUGAUUUGCCAACGGAUAUUGGUUUUUAUCCCACGGGUGUAACUAAUGCUAUUUACAGUGGUGAUCAUCUUUAUUGGAUUGAUGGGGACUGGAAGGAUAGUCGCCUUCUGAGUUUUUGUUUGUCUGAUUAUAAAUUUAAAGAUGUGAAAUUCCCGGUGGGUAACCAUCUUAGGUUCAAGCUGCAUGUGAGUGAAGGGUCUCUAACUUUGUUGUCUGACAGUGAUCGUAGUCCCUCUAAAGAUCUAUGGAGGUUGGUGCAACAUCCAUCCGUUGAAUGCAAUUCUUGGGUAUGUAUUAUGACAAUCACUCGGUUGUUCCCACGUAUUCUAGCGUUCUCACCAACUGGGAAAUGCCUGGUGCAAGAUUAUGAAGAGACGCUAAAGGUGCUUGACUAUGUUUCUGCCGAGCAUAGACAAGUUGAAGGUGUGUAUUUUGACGAUUAUCCGAUUCACGCGGAGAGUCAUAUUGAAAGCCUUGUCUCUCCUUUUGACCGCCUCAAUGUUUAG